CAGGAGCCCAUGAGGCUGCGGGCAGCUGUCCGAGCCCUGCCCGCUGUCCUGGCUCCGGCGUGCCCGCAGCAGGAGCCGGCAGCCGCAGCUCCCUCAGCAAAUCCAGGGCGGCUGACAGCGGCGGCGGGGAGGAUCCACCUUAACGGGAGCAGGAAGCGAGCCGGGCCCAAUCAGGCCGGGAAGGGAGGCCGGGAAGGAGGGGCCGGGGGAGGGCCCGGGGCCGGCGGGGCAGCGGGGCCGGCGGGCGCGAUGGCGGAGGGCGGGGACGCGGCCGCCCCGGGCAGCGCAGGUCGCAACCUGAAGGAGUGGCUGCGGGAGCAGUUCUGCGACCACCCGCUGGAGCGCUGCGAGGACACCCGGCUGCACGACGCGGCCUUCGUGGGGGACCUGCCCACGCUGCGCAGCCUGCUGCAGGACGAGAGCUUCCAGAGCCGGAUCAAUGAGAAGUCGGUGUGGUGCUGCGGGUGGCUGCCCUGCACGCCGCUGCGCAUCGCCGCCACCGCCGGCCACGGGCCCUGCGUGGACUUCCUGCUGCGCAAGGGCGCCGAGAUCGACCUGGUGGACGUCAAGGGGCAGACGGCUCUCUACGUGGCCGUGGUCAACGGGCACCUGGAGUGUGCCAGGAUCCUGCUGAAGGCCGGCGCUGAUCCCAACGGCAGCCGGCACCACCGCAGCACGCCGGUGUACCACGCAGCGCGCGUGGGCCGCGCCGACAUCCUGCAGGAGCUCAUCAGGCACGGCGCGGACGUGGACGUGAACCAGCAGCUGGCGUCCCGCGGGCCGGGCGCGGCGCCGCGGCCGCUGACCACGCUGGUGGUGUGCCCCCUGUACAUCAGCGCUGCCUACCACCACCUGCCCUGCUUCCGCCUGCUGCUCCAGGCGGGAGCCGACCCGGAUUUUAACUGCUGCGGGCCCAUCAACGUGCGCGGCUUCUCGCGGGGCUCGCCCGUGUGCGUGCUGGACGCCGUCCUGCGGCACGGCUGCGAGCCCGCCUUCGUCCGCCUCCUCGUUGACUUCGGAGCGGACCUCAACCUCGUCAAGGUGGAGGCCCUGGCAGUCGAGGCCACGGGGAGGGUCAAGGUGAACGCCGAGGCGCUGGAGGUGUUCAAAGAAGCGAGGGGCCGCGCCCGGAGCCUCUUGUCUCUGUGCCGCAUAGCUGUGCGGAGAAUCCUUGGCAAAUCCCGCCUGGAUCUGAUCCCCAGCCUUCCCAUCCCAGACCCCAUUAAACAAUUUUUACUUCACGAACUCAGUUAAAGGGCGGCUGGCUGCUUUUGGGGAUAGUUUGACUUGGUAGAUGAGUGCCCUGACAGAGCCAGGUGCCAAUCCUGCCUCUUUUUCCUUCAUGGAGUGCACAUAAUUCCCCGCUCCUGUGGAUUUUUGUUCUCCUCCAGAUUUAGGGUGCAGUGAUUCAGUGUCUUAUCUCCUUGGGGAGAGGCUGCUAAACGUGUGUGGGUGUUGCUGGAGCAAAUACAAUAUAUCCUGUAGCUGUUGGCAGAUGUGUAACCUCUGUUACUGAUCUGUGUCACACACACACCUGGGGUCUCUGUGGCAUUUCUGUGUGGGGAAAGUGUCCCUACUUUACUAUUUUUCCCAUCACAGAGGAUAAACCCAGAAGUUCUACCUACAUUUUACUUCAUAUGCCAUGGUAAGACCAGAGAAAACUCACCCAGAUCCACGAAACAGGUCUGUUUUGUUUGCACUGUGGAAAAGGGAGAAAAAAGGGGUUUAUUUUGAGGAGUUGGGAGAUUUCGUGCUUCUAAUCAUAGUGUUGCAUCCAGCAGCCUGGGCUCCUUUGACUUCCAGUGCCUCUUCAUGCCAAAACUCCCAGGAGAGUCAUUCUACAGGGAGUCAGUGGCCUUUAGUUGGGAUCUCAGGGCCAGCCGGUGAUGUGCUCAGUGCAGAGGAAUCAUUGUCAAAACUCUAGAAGGGUAGAGAUGAUGGUGCCUCAGGAUCUUGGGAAAAAUCUCAGGUGAUAAAUGGUACUUGCUUUAACUUUUCCGAUUCAAGUAAAGUCACUGUGUUAUAAGUUUUAAUUUUUUUGGAUGAUUUUUCUUUGCUAGCUCUUCUUCCUGUGCUCAUCCAGCUGGCAAAGGUAAUUUUCCAGAUGUGACCUUAAAGACCAGAGAAUCCCAGCUUGCUUUGGGUUGGGAAGGACCUUAAAGCUCACCUCCAAGGGCAGGGACACCUUCCACUAUCCCAGGUUGCUCCAAGCCUUGUCCCUGUACCCUCUGGGUUUACCCCAUAGGCCUCAACGCUGACUCCAAAACGUUCUUUUCCCAGAGGCAUAAAUAAAUGCAAAAGCAAACCAAAGCAGAGGAUAUUUCCAGACCUUCUCCAGGUGAGGUGCAGGGGACGUGGAGCUGUGGGCAGGUGAGGAGGGGCAGUUCUGCACCAUUCCCUUCCCAGGCCUACAGCUGGUUUUGGUUUUCCUGGCGCUGGCAGCGAGUCAUGCACUGGCUUUAUAGAGGUGUGAACAUGCCUGGGAGAUGCAAACAGGUUGUAAAGCCUCUUGGCACCUUGCUGGGGGAUCCAUAAUGGUUUGCAGGAGCUCACCGUGCUCCUGAGCUCCAGUGUGGGGAGGCAGAAAGUGAGAUGGACUGUGUUGAGAAAGUGCCACGGGAACAGUUUUUGGGGUUGGUUUUUCCCUGAGGAUUUUUAGUUGGUUUGUAAAUGGGACCCCCAGUUGGGGUAAAGGUGGUAGGAUGGAUGUGGGGAGAGCUAGAAGCACCCACAAGGAUCAUCAGUCCAGCUCCUGGCCCUGCAAAGACACCCCGACAAUCCCAGCCUGUGCACCCCUGAGAGCAUUGUCCAAAUGCUCCUGCAGCUCUCUCAGCCUGGGCUGGGGCCAUUCCCUGUUCCUGUGCUCAGCCCCCCUCUGGAUGGUGGUUCCACCUGGAAUGAACUGCAGUGAAAUGCCUCAGUGGGAGUGUCAGAGGGUGGCCCAGAGAAAUUGAGAGAAUGGGCUCAGCUCAGUGCUUGAUGUAAGUCUGGUCUGUAAUUAAAGCUGAGCCUGUUACGUUAAUUAGAGAUCCCAUCCAAAGCAUUCCCCUGAGCAUGGAUCUCUCCAGGUGUAAGGAUGUUUCUCCCAGCCCAGCAGCAAACCACCCUGAGGUUCAUCAGUGGCUUGGAGAUGUGCAGAACCAAGCUUUGGAGGGCCUGGAUCAUCCAUCCAACUUCCAUCUUCACUGAGGGACUUUGCCUCUGGAAAAGGCCAAACCUUUGGCUUGAGGGCCUGGAAUGAGUCCAGCCUGGGGACAACUCACAUGAAAUUAAGCUGUAAGUGCACAGGAUUCUGUUGGAAUGAAGUCCCUGUGGAGAUUGGUUGCUGAGGCUACUCAACCCAGCUUUGCCAAGCUGGUUUAAUACACAGAGAAUUUGGAAUUGUCACUGUAGAGAGAUAAUUAUCUUGAAAUAAAUUCAGGAUAUUCAUAGACUUCAUUGUCACGUCCUGUAUGGCAAAAGCCUGCAUUCUCUGCCUUACUCUGUCCUUUUAAACCCAGGAAACAAUAGUCUUCCAGUAUGGAAUCUCAAUAAUUCAUGCAUUUCUAUCCUUUCACAUUAUAUAAACAGCAUUUCUUUUUGCCUUAGCUUGGACUUCACCAUUUUUCCUAUGCAGUAAAGCAUUCCCUUUUGUAAAGGUGUUUUUUCCCAUGUUGUCCAUAAGGUGUGCUCAGAAAAUGUGAGUAAAAAUUGAGUUUUGUGAAGCUGUGGGUGAGAAAAUAAACAUUCCUGCAGUGUACAUCCCAUCCAUUGAAAAAUGUCCAUUAUAUUUGUGCAGUAUAUAUAAAGUGUGUGUGGCCUGGCCUUGCUGGAAGCUGGAAUGGACAGGAUAAGAAGAUUAGGCAAAUGCUUGAAGAACCAAACCAGGUCUGAAAUCAGCCAAGCUGCUCCAAAGCUGUCCUUUCACGCUUGCUUUUCUUGUCUUUGUUGCUGGGGGAGGAUUUCCAGGGCAUGGGAUGCUGGUAGCUGGGAUCCAAAUACCAUUUCCUGCUCAUCCAGAUAUCUGGGAUAUAGCUGGGAUCCAAAUAUCAUCCUGCUCAAAGGGUGGGGGAAAGGCAUCUGUUGGGUUGAAGUGGUUUUUUUUUUGGUUGGUUUUGGAGGUUUUGUUUGUUUGUUUGUUUCUUGUUUUUCAAUCCCCGCAGUCAAGUAAAGCCCUUUUUAGCCCAACUUGAGUUACAGUACCUUUUUAGCCCUGCUUCUUCCAGUGGAGAGAACUGUGGCAGGACACAACAGAGGGGACAAAGUGCCACUUCCACAAGUGCCUGUUGGCUUUUCCCAGGGUCGAAAUGGUUUGGGACAGCAGCAGGAUCAGACCUGAGGGCAGGUGGGAGGUACCUGUGGUGAGCCUGAAUCCACCUGCUGCCCAAUAAAGAGCAGGAUGGCUCUGGAUUUGGGAAAGCCCGGAUGCUGCCGGUCUCUCCCUGGGCUGUAGCCACUGGAGGGGGCCGGAGAACCGCGGUCCCUGCCUGGGGUUACAGGGACAGCGCCGGUGCCACUCCUGCCUUGCCCCUCCCGGGCCAUGUUCAGGGCAUCCUGAAUUUUCUCCACCUUCACACCGGGCUGAAGAGGGCUCUUUAAACCUCUCAUUUCUGCUCCUGCUCCCUCGGUCCCUCUGGAAAUGCAGCUCUUCAGUUUGUCUUGGCAUGCAAGGAGAUGUAAUUCCUCAAAAUAUUUUCUAGCUUUUUUAUUUUGUGGCAUUUUCACUGGAAAGCUCCCUACAAGCUUGAGCAGCAAGAGUUUCUGCCGGUUGCUCUGUUUUUCCUGAGGAUUAGCAUGUGUACCUGAGGAUUUAGUCCAUGCAGCUGCCUCCGGGCAAGGGCACAGUCCCUUUUUUAGGAUUCCUGCUUUUUUCACUUGGGAAAUGUUUGUCUGAUCCUGUGCCAGUGCUUCCUCUGAAGGCAAAACCAGAGUUUUUCCUGAAUUGGAAGAAAAGGAUCAAAUGGUCUGGAAUUAUGGUGAUGAAAAACAAAGCCAAACAAGCCCUAAUAUUAAAUUUUAACACUUCCACCCUCAAUAUUCUUCUAAUUUGGAGCGUAUCCCCCCUGCCUCUUCAUGCAUCUCCCCCCAGGCCACCCCAAAUUGUUACCCACAAGUCAGUGACAACACCUCUGUGCUGCAGCUUGGAACUGGAGAUUUAUCCUCAAACAAGAGAGAUCUGAGCUGCCAGUUUAGGGGCAAUAAAUGUGGAAUUGUUUAAAGGAAUUGCUUAUUAUUUACCUGUGCCCUCCAGGACAGACAAGCUGGGGUUUCUGGUCCCCUCUCACUGAAUUUCCUGUGUGACAGACUCACCUGAGAGCCUGUCCUUGCUUUUAUAACAGCAUUGCAACAUGUUCCUUGUUACUCACGCUCGUUAAUCUCAUUCUAAGAUCUGCAGCAGUGAGGAAAAUAUUUCUUCUUGCACUGUGUGAUGCCCAAAUAUUCACUCUGGGCUAUGAGAGCUGACCAAAUCUCUGGCAGUCUCAAAGCAUUUCCUCUAGGAUCUGUUGUUCCCACUCCCCAGGCGCUGCUGGGGAAGCCCCAAGUUAUUUAACUUUUUAUUGUUGUUGUUCCCCAUCAGCUCCUCCAGCUUUGUCUUCGUUCCCAGAAGAGCUCUUUGUGACCCCUGCAACUUGCAACCCUGAAGAAAAAGAAAGAAGAGGGUUGUGGAAGAAAAAGAAGGAAAAGGUUCUGGCUGCCCCAUCCCUGGAGGUGUUCCAGGCUUGGUUUGACAAGGCUUGGAGCAGCCUGGGAUGGUGGAAGUUGUCCCUGCUCAUGGCAGGGGAUGGAAUGGGAUGGGCUUUAAGGUCCCUUCCCACCCAAACUUUCUGGGAUUCCAUGGAGAGGGCAGAGGCUGCCCAAGCCCUCCCAGCCCUGCACAGUGAGAGGAGGCUGCAGCCCCCAGGGAGCUCAUCCUCCCACCUGCAUCCAGCACCUUUCCCAUCCUCCCACCUGCAUCCAGCACCUUUCCCAUCCUCCCACCUGCAUCCAGAACCUUUCCUAUCCUCCCACCUGCAUCCAGAACCUUUCCCAUUCCCUCACCUGCAUCCAGCACCUUUCCCAUUUUUCCCUCUUCAUCCUGCACUUCUCCCCCCAGCCCACAUGUGCUGCUCAGUGUUCCACCUCUUGUCACUUGUUUUGCUGGUUCCCCUUGUUCGUGCCUGGGAGAGGGCUGCAGUGUGCUGUUGUUUACAGAAAGUGCUCUUUGUUUCCCUGGCCUGGAGCAUCUGGUGUUUGUGAGAGGCACGGCACAGCUUUCCAGCAGAAACUCAGCCAGCCCCAGCGUGCCUGGCCAGGAGUCCACGUGUGCCACCACGGCCUUGCUCCUAAAAAGGGUCUAAAAACUCCAAAGUGAGACGAGCCAGGCUGGACAGGGCUUGGAGCAGCCUCGUGGAAGGUGUCCCUGCUCAUGGCAGGGUGCGGAACAGGACGGGUUUUAAGACCUUUUCCAACCCAAAGCGCUCUGUGAUUCCACAAUCCAGCACGGAGAGAUAAAUGAAGGCAGGAUGGGUAGGAUGGAGCAGGAGAGCUUUGUUGAUUUAUGGCUCCAGCCAUUCCCCCCAAGGCAUCAGGAUGAUGGACGAUCUGUGCACGCUCCCCUCCCCGUGGCACAGGCUGUCCAGGAGCUUUCCAAACAUACCAGGGUGAGGUGAUGCUUGCAGACACGGCAUUCCCGCUGAUGGCGCCUUUCCACAAUCAGCUGAAAGCUGCUCGGGGAAUUUGGGAAGCUGGGCUCCAGCCAUGAUCUGCUUGGCCAACCCUGCACUUGCCUUUCAUUUUAAUAAUUUGGCGACAUCCAUUUAUUUUAACGUUUCGCAAAGCGGGGCCUGCGUUUCCUCAGAGAAAAUGAGAGUUGAAGGAUGGUAAAAUGCCUCCAUAAAUUGGAAGUUAAAUUAAGAAACAGCUUUUAGAGCACUGAGUGCUGUAAGCCCCACGUUGUGGUGUCACUCACGGCAUUGUGAGCCUGUGGUACCCGUUGGAGGCAUGGGAGAUUUAGGAGGCACAUGGAGUGGGCUGGAUUGUUUGGUGAGUGUUUCUGAGCCUGCUUUUGUUUGCAGUUGGAAUGUAUUCAUGGGUUCACCCCUUGUUUUGCUUCCCACAAGAUGCAGUUUUUACCAAAAAUUUCUUUUUUUAGGAGGAUAAUUUUAGCUAUUGAGCAUUUGAUAUCAGUGUGGGAGCAGCUCCUGGAAGUUUUAUCCUUUUGAUCCUGUCUUUACACAGGGAGUGUUUACAGGGUCCUGGAGUUACAGGACAGGAUGGAAUGGCUUCCCACUGCCAGAGGGCAGGGAUAGAUGGCAUAUUGGGAAGGAAUUCUUCCCUGUGAGGGUGGGGAGGCCCUGAGGUUGCUCAGAGAAGCUGUGGCUGCCUCAUCCCUGAUGUGUCCAAGGGCAGGCUGGACAGGGCUUGGAGCACCCUGAGGUACUGGAAGAUGCCCAUGGCACCUGGACAUUCACCUCCAGGUCCAUCUUACUGAGCUGGAAAGGAAUUUGGCUUUGUACUAAAUAGAUUGUAAGACUGUUGUCUGAAGGUGUUCAAGGCUUUACCUUCACCCAAGCAACCAAUAAAUCUUAUAAAUACCAUUAGGCAAGCAGAAAUGCCCAGCUGUCCUAAGUUCCAUUUCGUAUCAGGUCCUUUAAUUACCAACCUCCAUUAGUGCAACCUUUCUCCAAGCUGAAGCAUUACGGAAUCCCAGAGGGAAGGUCCCUUCCAGCCCAUCUGGCCCCAUCCCUUGCCAUGGGCCAUCGCUCCAGCCGAGCUGGGGCCAGCUGUGGGAUCUGACAACUCAGAGCUAUUUUUAACCCAGCAGCCCGAGACAGUGUCUGGUCCCUCUUGCUGGGAGUUGUUCUUGCUGGGUGUUCAGCAGUCUUUGGGCUGGAUCCAUCAGCUUUCAGCUCAGUGAUAACCCGGGAUAUUUCAUGCCCCGUGAACCGUGGAGGAUGCAGAGAUGUCAGCAGAAGCCCUUGUGCCAAUGCAAACAAGGUCAGGAAGUUUUAUUGUUCCCAUUGCUGGGAACCUUGUUCCUCUUCCCUCUGUGGAUGUGUCUGUGCAUCAAGAGAGGCCAAAAGGUGCAGGUAAACAUAAAUCCAUAUUUCUGUGCUAUCCAAAGACAAAAAAUAGGAGAAUUAGAGAUUAUUUGUGCAUUCAGACUCCUGGAACUCUGUGUGGCUGUGAACAGCUGCAGGUUUGUGCUUGGUUCCCACAAGAGAACAUUCAAAAUGCCACAGAGUCAUGGUGAGAAUGCAUCAUGCCCACUCUGAACCAGCACAGAAUUCACUGGGAAGCCUUGGCUGGACUUUCACUUUGGUUCCCGAUUAUGGUGUCCAUGCAGCUAAAGGAAAAACUCUUCCCCCAGAGAGUGCUGGGCACUGACCAGGCUCCCCCAGGGAAAGGGCACAGCCCCAAGGCUGCCAGAGCUCCAGGAGCAUUUGGACAAUGCUCUCAGGGAUGCACAGGGUGGGAUUGUUGGGCCAGGAGCUGGACUUGGUGAUCCUUGUGGGUCCCUUCCAGCUCUAGAGAUUCCAUGGUUCUUUUCCCUGGCAUGAAAAGCGCUCUCCCAGCUUUGAAGUGCCCGAUCUGGUUAGCAGGGGUCAGAUGUUGGAACGUAACUGAGGAUAUUGCAUGGGCUGAUUAAAUCAAGGCAUCUGGCAUGGACGUCCUCCUGCAGAUAGGUUUCCAUGGAAAACAGUUCCCAUGCCAUGAAUGUCAUCUGGGGAUUAGAUUACAAAUCAGAUGGAUCUCAUGGGCUUCCUGAGACCACCGCUCCUCCCAGAUGGAAGUGGUUCCACAGCCCAGAGUACUGCUCAGGGGUCAGGCCCUUGGCUCCCUCCUCCUGACGGGAUUCCCGAUGUUCCUGUGCAGGUGACUCCACCAGUGCAUCAGCAUUUUGCCUUCCCAGUGUCCGAAGCUGCCUCUUGGCCUCCUCUGCAUCCCACACGGGGGAUGGAGCAAUGAGCUCCCCAGCUUGACGUGGCUCGGAUCCCACGGGAACAUCUAAGCCUGGGCGCAGCCAGGCCCGUUUUCUCCUUGAACUCCGGGUUUUUCCAUCACAUCUCCGUGCCCAGACUCCCCGAGCCCGAGCUGGUUGCCGUGGAUGAGUGCCACGUCUGGUGGCUGUGAUUCACCCCGGCGUGCGGGAAGUCCAACCCAGCGAUUCAUUUCCCUGCAGCUGCCGAGCACUGACGUUGGUUUAGCCCCGCUGGGGACAGGGAGAGAGGAUUUUUCACCAAACGGCCCCAAAUGCUGAAGCCCCUACGUGUUUCAGCUCUUACUCACCCUCUCCUAACAGCAGAAGUGGCUGCUCUAAGGAUGGGUCAGAGCCUCCCUUCGUGCAAGGUGACGUCGCCCGCUGGAGAAGCCAAACCAGUUUGUACCAGGAGAUUUUAAUUGGUUCAGGACUUCCAAAGCCCAGUGAGAAACUGGACCUGGGCAAACUUUAUUGCUGCACCUUUCACUCUUGAUUUUUGCCCCUCUGUUCACCUGCAGAGUUGACAAGGAGCCGUGGAUUGUGGGCACUGCAUGUUCUGAGUGGCCUGGAUGCAGCAGGUGCCAAAGCAGUGCUGAGAGCCCCACACUGCAGCACAGAGCCAGGGGACAGAGGGGCCCGGGGCUUUUGGGGUCUCCAGGCAGAUGAGGGACAGGCAGAACUUGAUUUUUGGGUAUGUUGUGGCUCAUGGGACUCGUGUCAGGCUGCAACUCAGCAGGAGCCGGUCUCUUGCUGGUGCUGCCAAGAUCCAGGAGUUAAUUCUUAUUCCAUGAGAAGGCCAGAGCUUGCAUCCAGCCGGUUCCCUGGGGUGCAGGGAAAGAAACGCUCUGAGAAAUAAACACAGACACAAACAAACACCAGACUUGGCGUGCGGCUUCGCAGGCAAUGGGAAUAUCUUUUAGAUUCCUGCAGAGGUAAUUGGCCUGCAAGGAAGCUUCCCUGCUCUGCCCUUUGGCUCCUGGGGAGGCUCUGCUUGCCAAAAUGCUUUGUGGUCCCUUGAGUCGUGCCUGGGCUGGACUCUGUUCUUCUGCCCAGCCCAACCCAGCCCAGCGCUGUCCCGCGUGCUCGCCCUGUUCCUGGUCUAACCUAUUCCCAGGGAUGUGCUCUGAGCCUCCUUCCCAGGAGCCCCACCCUCUUGUCGUGCAUUUUAUUCCCAUUCUUGGUGCUCCUCACAAAAAAGCUUCCCCAAAUCUCCCUUGCUCCUGCUGAGGCUGUCCUUUCUGCAGGGUCUUUCCUGUGUUGCUGGGGCAGGAUCUGAUCCCACCUGGCUCUUCUCUCCCAAGCCUUUGUUUACAUUUCUCCAUACCUUCCUAGAAAUCCCAGCCCAAAUCCCUGAUCUUACCUGCACUGAAUAAUGCACCAGAGCCUGGAUGCUUUACCCCCUCUGCAAGGUGAACAUGCCAGUGUUUUCAGAAUUAAUGGGAUUGUAGAGAAUCCCACACCUGACAAACCCCAUCUUUCUGAGCUGCUUUCACCCCACCCACCUUCCUUUGGGUUUCUGCAUCUUUGCAACUGUUUCUGGAGUCCUAAAAUGCUGCCAAAUUUUCUCCUGGAUCAAGAGGGAGAGGAACUUUGCUCCGUAGCCCCCAAAUUGCAGGAUGGAAGCAGGUGGAGCUCAGCAGGGCUCUGUCAUUCCAUGUGGGAAUGACAGAGGAAGCAUCCCUGGCGUGUGGUGGGCUGGGUGCUAUUGGAGCUCAUUUCAAAAUCCCAUUUCCAGUGUAAAUGGAAGCUUGACCAAGAAAAAUGGAUUUUUAAGUGGGAAUAAAAAGCAUUGAGCUGUGCAGAGUCUAAUAAAUACUCACUUUGGGAAACCAGUGGCUGGUUUGCAGCUUAGGCUGGAGAUGCUUU